AUGGAUAGCAAACUAGACUCAAUAAACUUACAGCAGCGAAAAAUAGAAUGCCAAAAAAUCAUGCAGUCCCACCCUAAUCAAAUCCCAAUCAUCCUUGAAAACGACAAAGAAAUAAACGACAGCAAAACUAUGGAGAACAGAUUUUUGGUCCCAAAAAGAUUCAAAUUUCAGGAGUUUAUCUUUAACUUGAGGAAGAACAUGAAUUUGCCAAAGACCAGCGCAUUAUUUAUAUCAAUAGGAGGUCACUUGCCUGCAUUAGAUAAGACGAUGAUAAGUAUUUAUGAUGAGUUCAAAAAUCCAGAUGGGUUUCUUUAUGUUCGUUACUCAUCAGAAUCAGCUUUGGGGUAA